AUGCCUGCCUUCUACUCACUCCGUCCCCUCUUCGUCCGCCCAAAGAAGCCCAGCAACUGGGAAUUGGUGAACGUGCUUGCGCAGCUGACCUUCGAUGCCCUGAUUUUUUAUAUCCUGGGCUGGAAGUCACUUUUCUAUCUUGUUGUCGGCACUCUUCUAGGCAUGGGGGUGCACCCCAUGGCGGGGCAUUUCAUCGCCGAACACUUCGUUUACCAAGCCGGGCAGGAGACGUACUCGUACUAUGGCCCUUUGAACUGGCUCUCCUUGAACGUGGGCUAUCACAACGAACACCACGAUUUCCCCAAUAUCCCCGGCACCCGUCUCCACCAAGUCCGUCGUCUGGCUCCUGAGUUCUACAUGCCGCUACCGCACUACUACUCAUGGAGCAAGGUCAUAUGGGAUUUUGUCACAGACCCCGCUGUGACCCCUUUCAAGUGA